AUUUUGGAAAGAAAAAAUAAAAAUAAUAUUUUUAAUUGGUUAUCUGAUAAUGGAGGGUUAAUUAAUUUUGGAGAUUAUCUUUUUUUGAUGACUUUACUUUCAGCUUCUCCGAGUGAAUUUAAAUUGGCUUUUUAUGUUUUUGAUUUAAAUGGAGACGGGGAAUUGGAUAGACAGGAAUUUGAACGUGUUCAAGAAUUAAUUUUAAGUCAAUCAAAUAUUGGACAAAGACAUAGAGAUCACAUUACUGGGACUGGAACUUUUACAAAAUCGGGAAAACAUUCGAAGAAUUUACAUUAUGAUAUUUUAAAGAUAGAAUUUGAAAGAAGAGAUCCAGAAUCUGACCCUGUUGGAAUUAUAUCAGAGGUCUCAUUUGCUCAAUUGUUAAUGAUACAUUCUGAUUUACCAGAAAAACGGCAAAAAAGAAUGCUUAAACGUGUAAAACGUAAAUAUAGGAAAGAAAUAAUUAAUAAAAAGGGUGUUUCUUUUGAAGAAGUUGAUAAUUUUUUUGCUUUUAUUUAUCAUAUUGAUAAAGUUGAUUUGGCUUUACAUUUUUACAAAUUAGCAGGAAAACCACUUUCUAAAGAAUUAAUUAAAAGAGUGGCUAGUAAAAUAACAAAUGUUGAAUUAAGUGAUACAGUUGUUGAUAUAGUUGUGACAUUAUUUGAUGAAAAUGGGGAUGGGGAAUUGUCUCAGAAAGAAUUUAUUUUAAUUAUGAAACAAAGAAAACAGAGAGGGUUGGAACGCCCAAAAGAUACAGGGUUAACACGUUUACUUGAUGCUUUGUGGGUUUGUGCUAAAAGCCAAUUAAAUAUACCUUCACACAAUGAAGAUAAUAAGAAGAAUUUUAAAUAA